AAGUAUUCCUUUUUCGCUUUCGAGGGUUUCCUUCUUCGUCUUCUUCUUCGCCGCUAGGGUUUCGUUCCACUUCGAGAGAGAGAGAGAGAGAGAGAGAGAGAGGAAGAGAUGGCGAGGAACGAGGAGAAGGCGCAGUCGAUGCUGAAUCGCUUCAUCGCGAUGAAGAAUGAGGAGAAGCGGAAGCCUAAAGAGCGCCGGCCGUAUCUCGCGUCCGAGUGCCGGGACCUCGCUGAGGCUGAUCGGUGGCGAGGAGAGAUCCUUCGCGAGAUUGGCGUCAAGGUGGCCGAGAUUCAAAAUGAGGGUCUUGGUGAACACCGGCUUCGUGACCUCAACGAUGAGAUUAACAAGCUCCUCCGCGAGCGUGCUCACUGGGAACGUCGGAUUGUGGAACUUGGUGGCCCUAAUUACUCGCGCCAUUCCGCUAAGAUGACGGAUCUUGAGGGAAACAUCAUCGAUGUGCCUAACCCUAGUGGCCGUGGCCCUGGGUAUCGCUACUUCGGCGCUGCCAAGAAGCUUCCUGGCGUGCGCGAGCUCUUUGAGAAGCCCCCUGAAAUUAGAAAGCGGAGAACCAGGUAUGAUAUCUAUAAGCGUAUUGAUGCGAGCUACUAUGGGUACCGGGACGACGAGGAUGGGAUACUACAGCGGGCGGAGGGGCCGGCAGAGAGGGAGAUGAGGGCGGAGGCUGUGGCGGAGUGGAAGAGGAUGGAUGAAAUCAGGAAGGAGGCAAGGAGGGCGGUGAAGAGCGGGGAGGUGGCUGCGGUGCGGCCGGUGGCUUCUGAGAUCCUGUUUGAGGGGGAGGAGGACGUGGUGGAGGAGGAGAGGAGAAUUGAGAGGGAGAAGGAGGAAAUGGAGCGAGGUAAGGAGCAUGAGUUUGUGGUACACGUGCCAUUGCCAGAUGAGAAGGAGAUUGAGCGGAGGAUUGUGGAGAAGAGGAAGGAGGAGCUCCUGAAUAUGUAUGUGAGCAAUGCACUGCUGGACCAGCAGAAUGAGGCUAGGACCAUGCUCAAUGUUCAGAGGUGAUACUUCAAUAGAAUCCAAUCCGCUGCCGAGGUUUGAAAAUUUUACGCGGACAAAGCACACCUUCAAACUUGAUGAUCUGCCAGUUGAGCUAUUCAUGUUAAGAUCAAAUGUUUGUGAUGAAAAUCUUAUCCCUUUGUACAAAUCAGGAUAACUCAUAUGCAGAAAGAUUCUCUUGAAGUCAUUGCUGCAGCAAAGCUUGAUCAAUGCAUAUGCAAAUCAAGUAGUAGAGAAUGAACUGAUGCAAAUUUAACUUGAAUUUUCAGCAACUUGAUCUAUGUUUUCAUCACUGUGUAGGCAAUAUGAUUUAAUAGUUUUAUAUGUCA